AUGCCUCUCCAAGUUUUAAAUCCGAAUAAUGUAAAAAUAUAUACUAUCAAUGGAUCUGGGUCACGUUCUGUUCCAGAUUGGCUUGCCAGACGUAAGAAAAAGGCUUUAAAUAACGAUCCAGAAUGGCGAACAAGGAUCGAAUUAAUUCAAGAUUUCGAGUUUCCCGAGGCGUCGAUAAAAGUAAAAACAACGCGCGAUGGACGAUUUUGUAUGGCAACUGGCGUGUAUAAACCACAAAUACGAGUGUUCGAAUAUUCGGAAGUGUCAAUGAAAUUUGAUAGACAUACUGAUUCAGAAAAUAUAACGUUUGAAAUUCUAUCCGAUGAUUGGACUAAAUCCGUGCAUUUGCAGACGGAUCGAACAAUAGAAUUCCAUGCCCAAGGAGGCAUCCACUAUAAAACGCGAAUACCUAAAUUCGGAAGAGAUAUGGCGUAUCAUUAUCCGACGUGUGAUCUGCUCAUAUCCGCAAGUAGUUCCCAAAUAUACAGGUUAAACCUGACUCAAGGCCGUUUCCUCUCUCCUUUCGAUACAACUUCUGUGGGAAACAAUGUCGUAUCUAUAAAUCCUGCCCAUCAGCUAUACGCAUUUGGUUCCGAUAACGGUCUAAUGGAAUUCUGGGACCCUAGAUCUAGAUCCAGGAUAGGGAUUAUGUCGGUGCAUGUCGCUGAUUGUAGUAUAACAGCGUUUGAAUAUAGAAACGAUGGACUUUCAUUUGGGGUUGGCACUUCAACUGGGCAUGUGUUGCUUUAUGAUUUAAGGAGUUCUCGGCCAUGGUUGAUUAAAGAUCAUCAAUAUGGAUAUCCAAUUAAAAGGAUACAUUGGUUUGAAGGCGAGGCUGACGGGAAAGUUGGAAGUGCUGAUUGUAAAAUUAUCAAGAUUUGGAAUAAGGAGAAUGGUUCUGCGUACACGGCAAUAGAACCACUAACAGAUAUUAAUGACUUCUGCGUCAUACCCGAAUCUGGAUUGAUAUUUGUUGCUAAUGAAGGGAUACAAAUAGGGGCAUAUUAUGUUCCAAGUCUAGGACCGGCGCCAAGAUGGUGUAGCUUCCUUGACAACUUGACGGAGGAACUUGAAGAAAAUACUACACCAACGGUAUAUGAAAAUUACAAAUUUAUCACUCGCAAGGAAUUAAUAAGUUUGGGACUGGAUGGCCAAGUAGGAACAAACAUCUUACGACCGUAUAUGCAUGGCUUUUUUAUUGACUUACGGUUAUAUGAGAAGGCUAGAGCAAUUGCAAACCCAUUCUUGUACGAGGAAUAUCGCGAAAGAACAUUAAGAGAGAAAUUAGAGAAGGCAAGAGAAUCUCGAAUCAGAGCGACGAAGAAACUGCCAAAAGUUAACAAGGAACUUGCUAGCAGAUUACUCGAGGCUAAAACAAAGAAGUCAAAUGGGGUAAAGCCAACUAAUACCGCAUUAGAAGAUCCACGUUUUCUCGAGCUAUUUACCAAUCCUGAAUAUCAAGUUGACGAAAAUGAUGAAGAGUUCAAGAAGUUACAUCCAAACGUAUCUCGAAAGAGGAAAGAUAGCGACGAAGAAGACGAGGGUGAGGUCAAUGAUGCGCAAGAAACCGAUAGUGAACCUAGUGGUUCCUCUAGUUUAAUGUCUUCAUCCAGUGAUAGUGACGAGGACGAUAAGGACGAGUCACCUAUAAUAAAGCAAAGUGAGACUUUAAAGAAACAGAGACAGACCCAAAAACCAAGACAAAAGCAAACGCAAGCGCAGCAACCUCCACAAAAACGUAGAGCGAUUCAGAUGACUGAGCUAACUACUGAUGAGGCAGUAUCACUGUAUAAACCCAACGAAACAUCAACUAAACAAGCCGAUACGGCUGUUGACGAUGAUGAUUCUAUCCAUCAGAUUAGUGGUUCUCCUACUGGUGAUAUGGAAAUGUCAUUUAAAAUUUAUAGUAAGAACGGAAAGCGGGGCAAGAAGAACCGGCCAAACAGCAGCGAUGAUAAGAAUGAGACAAACAGAGAACGGAGGUCAGCCAGCAAAAAUACUAUUAGAGACUUAAUACAAUAA